AUGAGUUCUUCUAACGAUCCCGCCGGCACUACUGCCAAAGAUUCUGGAAAACCCAUCCCAAUCGUCGAGAUAGACCUCAAUCCGGCCAACCUUAGUCCUAAAAAGAACGUCGUCCGCAGAUUUUACAAGGACUUGUGGGACAAGCAUGACACUUCCAUCAUACCCGACCUCAUCCACCCAGAUUUUACUUUUCGGGGCUCUCUCGGCCCAGUCCUAGUCGGCCACGCAGAAUUCGCAUCGUACGUGCGCUGGCUCGUCGGCAUUCUAGACUCGUAUACAUCCGAUAUACUUGACCUAGUCGAGGAAGAAAACAAGGUCGUUGGCAAGCUACGGUUUCACGGAAUCCAAAAGGGUCACCUAUUUGGACAGCCACCGACGGAGGAGUGGGUGUGGUGGAUUGCCGCUGCGAUUUUCACGUUUGAGGGUGGCAAGAUCAAAGAUCUGUGGGUUUUGGGCGAUGUAUACGGCUUGUUGGGACGGCUGAAGAGGUCUGACUCGGAGAUUGAAUUCGUGCCGGACGGUACUGUUUGA